AUGCUCCGUCAACUCUUCAUCAUCGCAUCACUCUGGCUUGGGGCCUACGGCGACAACAACUGUAACUCGGACUGCGUCUGCACUUACUCCAACAACGGCAUCCAGUGCAUCGCCCAGAUCACCGGAAUUCACAGGCAUGAUUGCAAAGGCUAUUGCCACGACCGCGCCUGCGGCGGUGUCGACAACAACCGACAAUCAUGCCGCCUCUGGAACAACGGCUACUGCGACGAUAAUGGCGGAGCGUACACCAGGGGACGUGGCGGCUACUAUGUCGGCUAUUGCAACGAGAGAGCUGAGUACAACUCGUGCAAUCACGACUGUCCUGGUCAUGCGUCACCUGCGGAGCUGUUUGCACUUCCCGGACCCGCGGCUUGA